ACUGUAAUUUUUUGAAUUGGUCUCAGAUAAUUAGGCCUAUGCGCCUUAUGAAAAUGAAUUUCAUUGAAUUAUAUUAUUUCGAAGAAUAAUGAAUUACAAUAUUUUAAUGGAUAAAUGAAAUGAUUGAUGGACGUCACAAAACAUUACCGGAUGAAGAUGAGGGCAAGGAUAAGAAGACGUCGGAAGAGGCACCAGAGGAAUGGGCGCCUUGGAGUUUGGUGCUUCCAAGCAAGAAUCCAAACGCACCACCACCUGUAUCAGUAAAAACUGCCCCUGGACCAACUUGGGACAUUGGACAGGUUUUGAAAGCUGCUCGUCUCCUCUGCAAACCCCCAUUGGACGUAGACUUCUUAGACGAACAAGAGAUGCGAUGUGUUUAUUCUCUUAUCUAUGAUGUUUUCCGAUAUAAAACUAUUUUAGAUCAAGCCAUAGAAGACAUCGACUUUUUUGGUGAUUUCCCGCAAUUUUCCGUACACCGUCAUACAACGUGGCUGUUUCUCAUGGAGUUAGCGAGACGUCGCUGGAUGGCAAGAGCACGUGGUGAGGCAGAAAGAGCUUCAAGAUUGCUUAGAGACGCAGGCUUUCCUUUCAAAGAUGUGGAAAAUGCGGUUUGGGAACAAAGGAUACAUUUUGCCGCAGCCAUCGCCAGGAUCCGCAUUAAAAAUAAGGCUUUCUCGUUAUCAGAUCUUUUGCCGCCACAUUUACGAGAAGAGAGAAUAUCAGCAUGUGUUAACAAGGACACAGUAACUGGUUGGGUUAACACUUUUAAGGCGAAAAAAGUAGCCUUGCUUGUGAAAAGGCUUAAUGAUAUGGGCUAUUCUUAUAGUAAUUCUCGUCAACUUUGCGCUGGAGAAUACAGAUUUGAUCGCGUGUGUCCCAGAUUUAUAACAUUGCGUCCACCAGACAACAUCAGUUUUGGACAAUUAGAUCUCGUCAAGGAAGGGGUCAUUGUUCUUCAGGAGCGCGAGUUCUGCGCAGGCGCUUCGACGCUGUGCCGCGCCUUACGCGCGAACGCGUUGCGCGGCGUGGUUGCGCAGUCGCACGCUUCCUCACCGCGGUGCUCGGCCUACCUCGCCGCGCAGCUUCGGGAACUGGCAGCGGUGCUGAAAUCCGAGACUCCCGCGCUUCCCGUUACGCCUGAGCUAGGGAAGCUGGUCGUUUUCGGAGCUGGUGAUAAGGCCGAAAGCUACGUGUGCGCUCUACGCGAACUGGGCAUUGAGGCGUCAGAGCUGCCUCAGUCGAGCGCACCAGUUUGCGUGCUAAGUGAUCCGGUACACGGGGACACGCCUAUCGUAGCCAGCGCCCUGGACGGAGUUGUAGCGGUGCUGGCUACACCACCUAAUUCAUUCUCAGCAGUUACGGACCCAAUCGACUUGGUUUGCGGACGAGGAGGAGACUUGGCUAUGCUUGAGGUUCUGACUGAAUCAGAAAUUGAUUCUAACGGGAAAGCUCGUGUGCAAUCCAUUUUGGAAGAGCAAAAGAAGACUUUGAAAGUCCUUUUAUCUAAACCUCAGAUUCAAUUAAUCCUGUAUGAGACUCAUUCGGCUCUGGAGGCGGAGAACCAGGCGCAGGUGACUCGCGCCGUGGCGGAAGCCAACCGCCUCGCGCGCGAGAGGCACGCUCUGCUCAAGAAGAAGACGAAGGACCACACGCCGAAGCAUAAGGAAGUUGCAGAAACAGGAAUAACCGAUUCGUGCACAUCUCUAGAUCAGACUUGUUCACGAUCUGACAUAGACAAAGAUGAGGCGGACGAAAUGCGCCUCUCGCACAAGAGGCCGAUGUCGUCACCACCUACCACUGCGAGAACGAGGUCAGAUAGUGACGAAACAGUGCUAAAAAAGCGAGCGGAAAGCGCUGAUAUGUCAUGGCGACCGGGACAUAAAUCUAGACCUAUCCCUGAAAUGCACGUCGCUGAAUAUGACCCUAUCCCGCGGGAUCCGGAUAAAGAUAGCCCUGACGUAUUUGUGCCUGAGUGUGAUUUAUUUGAAAUUCAAAAAUUGCCAAACCUUGGCAAUGGUUUGGACAUCAAUUAUAUUCUGGAUCGAGACGGGUGUUACUUGGGCCUCAUUCAAAGAAAGGAGAUCACCCGGCUGGACGCCAAGUACAUGAUCCUGGUGGCGGAGGAGCGCGGGCUGUUCGGCGGCGCGCCCGCGCAGCGCCGCAAGCGCGCCGAGCCGCCGCCCGCCGCGCCGCGCGCGCGCCGCCGCAAGGCCAACGUGUUCGAGGUAGAGCGCGUCGCUGCUCCGACAUACGCUUCGAUGUCGCGCUCGUCGCGGCGCAGCUCGGCGCCAGCCUGCCUGCCGGAGGCGGCCGGACCGGUCGCGUCCGGGCCGGGGGCGGAGCCCGUCCGCGUGUGUUCGCGCCACGCGCGCCGCCACGCCGCCGCCGCCGCCUUCUCGGCCGCCGCUUGCACGUGCGAUGCCAAACACCGAAACACAAUCAAAGGUCGUCGGCUGUCAGUAGCAGUGACGUCACCACGUAACGCCGUCGCGCCUUCCGUGGCCUGCCGCCGACCGUUCCCGCUGACGGUGCACGACCUGCGUCUGCGUCGAGAAUACAGCGGACUCUAUCGAUUGAAAUUUGAAUAAAUGUCCACGAGUGCGGUUACGAGCUAGAACCAUCUAUUUUUAUAAAAAAUAAACGAUGACUUAUUAAAUAUGUAUUCGUAUAAGUCAGACAAUAAUAAAAUGUUUUGAACUUGUAACUCAUGAGUAACCUUAUACACAGUUUUGGCGAUAGAGUGAGUUCUUCGGUGAAAUGAAUGUAAUUGACUGAAGAGAGACAUAAUUAAACUUACUAUUGCAAAAUACACUCAAUAGAGGCAUUUUUAUUAAUAUAGUAUAUAUGUCAUUUAAA